AUGGCCUUUAUUGCCUUUCUAACGUUUGGUUUACAAAGUGCUGCUUGUCCUCCUCAACCCAUCACUUUGAAAGGAGGUCAAGUGGUGCCUGGCUUCCUCAUUGUCAAAGGCUGGGCAUAUCAACUCACCCGUUGGAACGGACAACCGCCCACAGGCCACUCAAAGGAAAAACUAAACCACAUUUUCCCUCGCGUCAACGAUACUUCUACGGAUGCCACCUUUUUGUUCCCUGAAAAGAUAUCCGCAUGUGAUGGAGUUUAUAUCCCUCUGCAAGGAGAUCAACCCAACUACUUUCCAUGCCAACUUUUCGAUCCCAAUGACACUGUUCCACCAGAACCUUCCACUUAUACCAAUACCACCGCUUGCCAUACCAACGAUGCUGCCAAGAAAAUGUUGGAGGCUUUUACCUAUGAUGGUGUUCCUACCAAUACCGGAACAGUCAAGAAAGCCCCUGUUUUCUUUAAAUAUGAAGAUGUCAAUAGCACGACCAGCCUUAUGCUUUAUAAUGGACAUGUCUUGAAUUUGAAAUUGCUACAAUCGUUGCCCAGAGAUUAUUUUAAAGUGCCAGAAAAUGGACUGAUCGACCGUAUGCUAAAACAACCCGACAUGUUUGUAGGCAAAGAUAUGACGUAUGCUAUCGAUGCCCACCGUGAACAAGGAGUGAACUGGAAAAAGGAAGUAGAAUGUUUGUCUGAAACCAUUCGUGUCGGUCAAAUCGACACCAUGUCGAGUGGCUGUAUGUUUUCGGAAAUCAUUCUCUACGUUUCUUUGAUUGUCAUUUUGGGCAUCAUCUUUGCCAAGUUCUUCUUGGCGACCCUCUUUGGAUGGUGUCUGUCGUGGAAGUUGGGCACGUUUAAGGAAGAAAAGUCGUAUGCUGCCAGAAGAGCGCGUGAAGAGCAGAUCGAAAACUGGACAGACAACAUGCAUAACAAUGGCCCUGUCAUGAAAGCACCUGCGCCUCCCUCCUCUCACAAAAAGCAUUUCAAGCGCAAGACUUUCCUACCUACCAAUUCACGUUUCACUCCUGUCGAACAUGGUGCUACCAAGUUUGACUUUGCUGAAAGAUCUCCUCUUCCUGCGUGGAAGUAUAACAACAACAACAACAACAACACGAAUAGCACCGGUGGCUCCAUCGUUCGACCUGACUCGAUGGCUUCCUUUUCUCCGUCUUUCAUCAACAACUCACCCAAUCAUCGUGCAUCCACCACUUCCUUCGGUAGCAACUUUCUCACACCAGGUGUCUCUUCCUUCUCUUGGGAUGGCCGUAGCAGCGAUUCCCUGAGUCUUCACCCCCAUAACCACCACCACCACCAUGCACAGGGUCCCAACGGUAACGGUCCCGCCUGUCCUUAUCCUCUCUCGCCUUUCGUCGUGCCCAAGCCUCCUGCCGAUUACAUGCCCUUCAACUACCCUCUUGCCUACACCAUGUGUCUCGUCACUUGUUACUCGGAAGGUGAAGACGGUAUUCGUUGCACCUUGGACUCCAUUGCCACAAGUGAUUAUCCCAAGAGUCAUACCUUGAUGUUGGUCAUCUGCGAUGGUUUGAUUACCGGCAGUGGCGAAAGUCAGUCGACACCGGAUAUUUGUGUGGGUAUGAUGCGCGAUUUCAUUGUGCCUCCUGAACAGGUGGAACCCCAGCCUUACAUUGCUAUUGGCGAUGGUGCCAAGGGGAACAAUCGCGCCAAGGUCUAUGCUGGUUUUUACAAGUACGACGACAACACCGUGCCUCCCGAACAACAAGCGCGCGUGCCCAUGAUCACCGUCGUGAAGUGCGGUAUGCCUGAAGAAACCGAUGCCCCCAAGCCUGGUAACCGUGGCAAGAGAGAUUCUCAGAUUGUCCUGAUGCAAUUCUUGCAACACGUCAUGUUUGAUGAACGUAUGACCCGCUUUGAAUACGAAUUCUUCAAUGCCAUUUGGCGUGUCACCGGUGUGCCCGCCGAUAACUUUGAAAUCUGUCUCAUGGUGGACGCGGACACGAAGCUGUUCCCUGACGCUCUGUCGCGUUUGAUCUCGGCGGCUGUCAAGGAUCCUGACAUUUCCGGUCUCUGCGGUGAAACUCGGAUUGCGAAUAAGAAGGACAGUUGGGUGACCAUGAUCCAAGUGUUUGAAUACUAUAUCUCCCAUCAUCAAUCCAAGGCGUUCGAAUCCAUCUUUGGCGGUGUCACCUGCUUACCCGGUUGUUUCUGUAUGUAUCGUAUCAAGGCUCCCAAGGGCCCCAAUGGCUACUGGGUGCCUAUUCUCGCCAACCCCGAUAUUGUCCAACACUACUCUGAAAACGUCGUCGACACCUUGCAUCGGAAGAAUUUGCUGCUGCUCGGUGAAGAUCGUUAUUUGACAACCCUCAUGUUGCGUACCUUCCCCAACCGUAAGAUGAUGUUCAUUCCCCAGGCUGUAUGUAAGACGGUCGUGCCUGACUCUUUCAAAGUAUUGUUGUCGCAGCGUCGUCGUUGGAUCAACUCGACGAUCCACAACUUGUUUGAACUCGUGCUGGUCAACGAUCUCUGUGGUACUUUCUGUUUCUCGAUGCAGUUCUUUGUCUUUAUUGAACUGAUUGGUACCUUGGCCUUGCCCGCUGCUAUCACCUUCACCUUGUAUGUCAUCAUUAUCUCGAUCAUCGGUCCCCCUGCUACCAUGCCUUUGAUUUUGCUGGCUCUUAUUCUCGGUCUCCCGGCUCUUUUGAUUGGCAUUACCAGUAAGCGAUGGGUGUACAUUGGUUGGAUGCUGAUUUACCUGUGCAGUCUCCCCAUUUGGAAUUUCGUGCUGCCUGCUUAUGCCUACUGGCAUUUCGAUGAUUUCUCCUGGGGCGAUACGCGUAAGGUCGAAGGUGUCAAGAAAGAUACAGGCCAUGGCGGCGAAGGCGGCCAAUUCGACAGUAGUAUUUUCACCAUGAAGAAAUGGAGUGAAUAUGAAAUGGAACGUAGAACCAAAUAUGCAAAGGAGCACAAGUUGCCUAUACCUCGCUUUGUAGAGCAUAAUAGAAGCGUUGAUGUCUUUAGAGAAACGGAAUAUGAUGACCCUAUGAAUAGAAGAUACAGCGACAUUUCCAACGGAAGCGCAAAAAUUCCUUUGACACAACAAAUGGAUUAUACCAAUGCUCGUUAUAGAUCCGAAGCUCCCUCCUCUUCUACGCCGCUCGGUAUUGUGCCUGGUAGAGGCGUUCAAUUGUCUGAUCCACCUGCUCCUAUUCAUUUGAAUAACAACAGCAACAGCAACAACAACAACAAUCCUUACAACUUUGAUGAAAUGUACUCAACAGACCGUAACAGCCAUGUGCCACCCCAUGCAGAAGGUCAGUGGAUUCAGCAAUCGGCUCAUGACAAUAACUGGGCAGAUCCUGCUCCUCAUCAUGCCAAUGCCGCAUUUGAAGAAGCCGACUACCAAAACUAUCCACGUUAA